GUAGCUGUUAAAAACUAAUAUACGCACGGUUACCUCUCAAAUAGUUAAAUUUAACGGUUGUUUUUAACAGAUUUGGGGGUCAGGGUUACAAAUUGAAAGCUAAUUGAAACUUAGGGUUACAAACUGUCACGUUUCAAAGUGUGUGGUCUAAUUUGCUAAUGAGCCAAAAUCUGUGGUUACAAAGUGCAAUAAGCUCAAAAAUGAACGAGCAAACGAAAGAAAUCCAGGCGGUAUGAUAAAAUCCAGCAAUUGAUGUUACGUAACGUAUAACUGAACAUCGUCAUGUAUUUGCUCACAAACCCUAGAACCCAACAAUCAUCUUUAUCCCUUUACUCUGUUAAGGCGGUUCCAUGGCCUAGAAAGCUUAGAAGAAAAAAAACCACCAAGUGUUCGACAGAAUGCCUCACCGAACAAAACCCUCCAAGCCCAGCACAGAAACCAUGGGCAUGGAUCAAAGAAACUGGUUAGAUCUUCCUGAUGAUGUUACAACAAACAUACUCGAUAGGUUGAGCGUAGUUGAGAUUCUUGAGAACGCACAGAAGGUGUGCACUGCGUGGCGUAAAAUCUGCAAAGACCCGGCUAUGUGGAGAGUUAUCGACAUGGAAAAUCUUCAAGGUUUGGCUAACCCUCGUGCACUUGAGAAGAUGUGUAUGAAUGUGAUUGAUCGGAGUCAAGGCCAGCUUGUUGAUUUAAGCAUCGAACAUUUUCCUACUGAUGAUUUGAUUGAAUUCCUCGCUCAAGGCGAAAGAUCAAGUCAGCUCAGGCGUCUUCAAAUUUCAUAUUGCUAUGGUUCGUUGCAUAAAUCUUGGAAUGACUUAUUUAGAAAGGCUCCGAUGCUGGAGGAAAUUGCUCUUACUUUCACUACUAUUUCGGAGGAGACUGUUGCAGAAAUUAGUCGAUGUUGUCCCAUGCUCAAGUCAUUCACAUAUAACAAUCAUGGUUGGAGGCAUAGCAUAGGGAUGGAUGCUGCAGAUGACUUUGUUAUAUCUGUUGCAAAAGGCAUGCCGCAGUUACUCCACCUACAGCUCACUGGCAAUGAAAUGUCAAACAAGGGUUUACAGGCGAUUCUGGAUGGUUGUCCUAACCUUCAGUCCCUUGAUCUACGUGGAUGCUUCAGCAUUAAACUUUACGACAGUUGUGGAAAGCUAUGUAAGGAACGAAUCAAGAACUUGAGGCUCCCCCGUGACUCUAUGAUAGGCCACAAAGUUGCACCCUACGAUAGUGAAGAUGAGUAUGAAGAUUAUCUCUGGGAUGGUUAUGUUGGGCUUUAUGACGAUCUUUUGGAUGAUGUUGGUGGUGGCUUUGAUGAUGAUGAUGGUGGCUUUGGACCUUUUGGUGGUUUUGCUGAUGGCGUUGCAGAUUAUUACCAUCUCCUCUGAAACAAAGCUUAAAGCUUAAGCUUAAAGCUUAAGCUUAAAGCUGUGUUAUCUGCAACUCUGCCCUAGCAGUUCUCUUGUUAUAAGCCACCAUGUUAACUUUGCUUAAAUUUUCCUUUUAAAACUCAUGUGAAGACAGUGUUUUCCUAUGUAUCCCUUUGUUUUGUUCAGUCUUUAGUUUCUGAAUUCUGAAUCGGAAGUGAAAGGAUUUGAGUCCAUCUUUUGUUGGUAUUUUAUUUCUCAAGUGGAAUUCUUAAGUGGGCUUAUUACUGUUUUAUUAGAAAAAAGUGUUUUACUAGUGCAAACGUUUAACCAACACAUUGUUUCCCAGCCGUUGGAUCGAUGAUCCGACGGCUGAGAUAAAAGAAUUUUUUUCCCGUAUUUCGCGCUUUGUUUUCCGCGGAUAUUGGGCCUUCCGCACAUAAUUUACGCGGACACUGCUGUCCACCCGCAUUUAUUUUGCUCUAGCUCUUCUAAUUAUAGUUUACUAACUUGAUGAGUUUUCAGGGAUCGUCAGUGCUGAUAGAUGCUGGGGAUAGCUUAGAUUCUAACAAGUGACACAUAAUGAACUAUUGUAUAUUAAGUUGUCUCUACAAGAUCAAGGAAGUUUGAAAUUUUGUGUAUGAAAUUACCAUCUAUUGAGUUAUCGCUAUGAUUUUAAGAGAUAUCGAUCCCUCUUUUGUGACAUGUUCAUGCAAAAGCCCAUUACCCUGUUUGGGGAUUAGGGGUUAGCGACUAUCUGUUCGUGGAUUGAAUUUUUUUGGCUAGUGGAUUGAAUUAGCGGUUUCUUGUAAAACUGGUUGGUAAAUAGUUGUUGGAUUAGUUUUUUAUGACAAAUACUAAAACCUCUAACCCAAUAAGCUCCUCAAAGUAGCUUUUUGAGCCCAAACCUCAGCGGAUUGAAAUGGCCAAACCUCUGAAACACCCCGAACCUCUAAUUUUACCCCAAACCUCUAACUUCCAAACACGGCCAUUGGUUUAUUCUUUCGUAGCACUUACACGUCGAACAGAUUUGAAAUGGCUUCAAGUAUCCUAUUACAUUUUUGUGUUUAUCCUUCCAUCACACUAGCAUGUAGUAAUUUCGUUAACCAAUUCUAGUUAACUUUAAUGUCAUAUAAAUUCUGAUAAAGAGUUAUGGAUAUUAAUGUCAAAUUUAAAUGUAUGCUCAUGCGCAUUUUGUAUAAACGUCAUUCCGUGCUAAAGAUGUCAAUACUCUAGAUAGUUCUAAAACCGACCUCACGAUUAUCGUAUUUUGUAUAAACAUUUGUGCGUGCUAAAAACCCGAUAUUCUUAUUAUAUAUUUUGUACCAUUUGAGGCAUUUUGAAACCCCCCAAAAAAAUUGAAAGAUGUCUAAAAGUGAUGAAGAAGCAGAGCUCCGGAGAAAGCAAGAAGAAGCUCUCGAAGUCAAAUCUCUCCGCCAGAUCAUCAGCACCUAUCUCAAUUAUCGAAAGGCUGCAGAUGAGGGCGUUAAAAGGUAUGAAAGAUCUUUUAGAAGGCUUGAACCAUCCCAUAAGGCUCUCCUGUCCCACCUUCCUUUAAAAUAUCGAAGUCUAAGAAGGUGUAUAGCUAAGAAUUCUUAUUUUAUAUACGAAAUGCUAAAGAUGUAUAUUCCUUCCGUACCUGUCCUGAACCUGAUGAAUAAUUCAGCAUUUCAACCUCCAAUAGAUUUGAGCAAAGACCUUGACAUUGGUGAACAAGAUUCCCAGAAUACCAGUGAAACCGAAAAUUCUUCUUGGGGGUCUGCAUCAGGAUGCGAUGAGGCUAUCAGCGGAGAUGAGGGGAGCGGAGUAUCCAGAUCCCCUAAGGUGUCUUCAUCUCCUGAUUGGUUGGAUCCAUCAUUCCAGUUGCAUGUUCCUCUAGCUGAUGUGGACAAGGUUCAAUUUGUUAUAAGAAAUAUUGUAAGAGAUUGGGCUGCAGAGGGACAACAAGAACGUGACCAGUGCUAUAAGCCUAUUCUUGAAGAGCUUAAAUUACAAUUUCCUAACCGUAGUAAAAGGAGCCCUCCUGCAUGUUUAGUUCCUGGUGCUGGACUUGGUAGACUGGCUUUGGAAAUUUCCCGUCUUGGUUUUGCAAGCCAAGGAAAUGAAUUUUCAUACUAUAUGAUGAUCUGCUCAAGUUUUAUUCUUAACCAAACUGAAAGGGCUAAUGAAUGGACUAUCUAUCCUUGGAUUCAUAGCAACUGCAACUCACUUUCUGACAGUGACCAGCUUCGGCCUGUUUCGAUACCAGAUAUUCACCCAGCCAGCGCAGGAAUAACUGAAGGUUUUUCCAUGUGUGGAGGUGAUUUUGUCGAAGUUUACAGUGAUCCAAGCCAACUGGGGGCCUGGGAUGCAGUUGUAACCUGUUUCUUUCUUGAUACAGCGAGCAACGUUGUUGAAUAUAUUGAAGUGAUUUCAAAAAUUCUAAAAGAGGGUGCUGUUUGGAUAAACUUGGGUCCCCUGCUUUAUCACUUUGCGGAUGCUGGAGAUACUGUUAUGUCAAUUGAACUUAGCUUGGAAGACGUGAAAAAAGCUGCUCUUCAUUAUGGAUUUCAGUUGGAGAAAGAACAGACAAUUCAGACCACAUAUGCUACAAAUCCUCGGUCGAUGAUGCAUAACCAGUACCACAGUGUAUUUUGGACGAUGCGAAAGGGAGCGGGGGCAAAGCUGCUUCCUUGAUCAAGGCUAAAUUGCUCUAGAUUAGUAUCAGAUUGGAAUGUGUUUGCUGGAGACUUUUGGUGCAAGUUAAUUGCAGUGUUGGCUCAGCUGAUGACCACUGUGUUGAAUGCUAAGCCUGUAGAUUAACAAUCUUAAUAGGUUAUUUGCACAAAUAAUCUGAAUAAAAACAGACCAAAACUAUAAUUAGUCUGACUUCUCUUUCCUUUCUCCUUUCUGUUUAUAACAGAAUACAUUAGGGGAGAGUACUUUUUCUGAGGGAAAAGUUUAGACCAAAAAUAAGUCUGACUCCUCUUUUUUUUUUUUUUUUGAUGGUUAGCAACAGGGUUGAAGAU